AUGGAGCUCGAUCGCAAAGCACGGGACAGCAGGCACGACAGCAAAUAUGAUGAUCAAGAAGAAACGUCAACAAAGUCGCCGCUCCCGUCGCCAAGUCCCACAAGUCCCACCGGGACGACCAAUUCCUCUCCGAUCGAGCUAGAAUUUGACCACAAGGGGACCAUGGAACACGACUCCCUCGUGUCCGUCUGCCUCUCCGAACCUUCGAGGUCUUCACUCCAAAUCGACACGACCGUUUCCCCACCACGGAAGAACGUCUGGGGUCUCGAAGACUCCCCCUGCGCUUCGCCAACCGACGAUGCGGAUACAGAAACAAUCAAGGAAGAAAGGAACGAUGAGGAUCGCAGUGACGAAUUAAAGACGCCGGCGUCGACGCACAGCCCAAGCUUGCUGGAAGAGCUUGAGAGUGUGCAAGACGAGGACGACGAGGAAGCGGAGGAUGACAACAAUGAUGCACGCAGUGAGGGCUCAAGCGCUGAAUCCGAGGAUGUGAAUUGGGACGAUCUGCAAAAGAAAGAGGACGAACAGGUCAAAGAGCAAGAUGCAGAGAAUACACAGUCGACUGCGAUGCUGCUAGCGAAACUCGAGCAGGAAAAUAAUAAGAUCGCGACAAAUCCCAAGAGUGUCAAGGUUGCGGCCGUAGAAAAGGUAGCUUCGCCAGGCCGCAAACCGAGACCACCAUCCAUGGCCCAGCUACGACAGAUGGUCAAUGGACCGACCCCUCCUACUCUCAGAUACUCGGUCCUGCCACCGCCACCUAUGACCGAGCUCGAGUUCUACAUGGCCCUGGUCAAAGAUCCUAAGCAGACGGCAGCCAGGCUUCCCACUCUGCUCUCCAACAAGAUCAGAAAGGGUAUCCCCCCGCCGCUGCGCGGUGUCGUGUGGCAGAGCAUGUGCGGUGCUCGUGACAAGGACCUCGAGGACGUGUUCGAACGGUUAUCUGGCGAGUCAAGCCCAUAUGAGGGCAUCAUUGGCAAAGAUCUCGGACGAAGCUUCCCCGGCGUGGAGAUGUUUAGGGAUCCCGAGGGUGACGGACAGCGCAUGCUUGGUCGUGUUCUCAAGACGUUCAGUCUAUACGACACGAAAAUCGGGUACUGUCAGGGACUUGCGUUUCUGGUCGGACCCUUAUUGAUGCAUAUGCCGGACAAGCAUGCAUUUUGCGUUUUGGUCAGGUUGAUGGAGAACUACGAUCUGCGCCACUGCUUUGUCCCCGACCUGUCAGGACUGCAUGUCCGAAUUUACCAGUUCACAGAACUGCUGAAGCAGCAUCUGCCCGUGGUGGCGGACCAUCUCGAAGACUUGGGCGUCGAACCGGCCUAUGUUUCACAAUGGUUCCUGUCCUUCUUCGCAGUAACCUGUCCCCUGCCCAUGCUGUUUCGCAUCUACGAUGUGAUCUUUGCGGAGGGGGCGUCGGAAACGAUCAUGCGAGUAGCGCUGAGUCUUAUGCGCAAGAACGAAGGCCGCAUCCUGGCGUGCACGGAGAUGGAGGACGUCAUGCAGCUGCUUUUCGCCAAUCCCAAAAGCGAGGAUGCGCCGGGGUCUGAUGUUGCAACAGCAGCCUCCCGCUUUCUGGGUCGCUUGUGGGCUUCCUCAUCAACCCCGAAAUUGGCCUCUUUCGCGUCGGCAGUUCAGGGGUCCUCCACCGCGUCCUCGUCUUCACCCACCACCAUUUCGUCUGGCAGUACCCUUAGCCCCGGUCUGUCACGUCCCCUCAGCAUGCUCCGCCGCAGCACUUCGAAACAGAGCAUAGCCUCUACAUUGAAUUCCAUGGAGGCUGCAUCACAAUCAUCAACAGCGUCGUCGUCGGCCAGUGUCUUGAGCUCUGCUUCGACCGAAGCGACGUCGCUCCAGUCGCGCGACAGCUCCACCACCGUCGACCACGAUUCAUCAAGGGACUCGGUCGCUCUUGGCAGCAGCGCGGCUAGCACCAAGGCCAAACAGGCGCACUUCUCGGUUACACCCAGCCUCUACCAAGACGACCGAAAGCAUUUGCACACACAGAUCGAGGACCUCCUCACCGCCCUUAGCGAACUACAACGGAAUCACGCCUUGUUGGCCAGCCAAUUGCAGAAGGAAAGGGAAGAACGCGAAGAAGAUCGCCAGGCCGUACGCUCGUUGCUCGAUGGUCUGCGAAAGAAGGCCAACCCAACACUAUCAUACGCCGCGGCAGCACGAGAGGCUGAAGAAGACGACGAAACACGAGGCAAGGAUGUCGAAAUCGAUCUUAGCCCCGAGGAGCUGUCCGACCUGCUCGACUUCGUCGCCGACCGAUUCAGCGAAGAAGAUCCCAACAAGGUAUCAAUACCGCAAACCAAGGAGCAGCUGCACGAAGAUCUUGUACGAGUAAGAGAACAACUAUCGAACGAACAAGCGAAGACACAAGAAUGCAACCGCAGGAUACAUGAUAUGGAGCAAGAGGUGGCCACCGUGAAAGAACAACUAAGGGAAACUCACGCCCAUGUGCGCAACAUGCAUGCGGAAAAGCAGCGCCUUGAGCGCCAAAUCCACGGCAUGCGGGUUAGAGCCUCAGAUGCCACGCCUUCCACGGAGGGAGGCGACUGGUUUGGGCGAUCAUCAACGGGCGGUAGCAGCGUAUCCGGCGGCGGUCUGCGCGAGUUGAAGCUUGUGCGUAGCAAGUCCUCACCUGCGCCGCCCCCCGUAUUCCCUACCAAGCGAUCCUCCAGCAUGAUGACCACCUCUACACUGGCAUCCACCUCCACCCACAGACGCGACGCUAGCAACGCUACCGCCAUCUCGGUGAUCAGCUCAAACUCGCCUCCGGCCCCGCCGCCUGUCUCUCUGGCAGCGGCAAGCCCCGCCAACACAGGUCAAGAGCCGACCAGCGAGAACGAUGCGCUGUUGCUCGAGCUCGUCCAGGCCAAGACGGCUGAGGCUAUGGCCAAGCAAGAGGCGGAAGAGGCGAAGCAGGCGCUCGAAAGAAUGCGCAAGGCAUUCGGGCUGGCGCCUGGCGAGACGCCGCCAGUGAACUCGCAGUCAGCGCAUAAUAGCAUGGCUGGCAUGUUCGGGCGGCUGACCGGCCCCUCGACCCCCGAUGGCGGCCCCGGGCUGCAGAAGGUUGUCACCUCGCCCCCGGGGACGUCGGCUGGGAAUACUGCCAGCGGCGCUAGCUUCUGGGGUUGGGGGAGGAAGUGA